AAAAAUGAAAAAUAAUAAAGGAGAUGAUAGGUGCGAGUGGGAAAACCUGGGGCCAGGGAACCAGUGAGGAGGCAGGCAAAAUAGAGCAGAAGGUACUGAAGAGGUCUGACCUUGAGCAGUGGCAGUAGAAAGAGAAAGAUAGUACUCCCUUUCCUGACCCUGAGUUUUAAAGUUAGCUUCUUGAGUUGUUUCCCUUAACUGGUGACCACACUAGAGCUGGCAAUUUGUUGUGUCAGGACCUAGAAGCCCAGAUCCCUCAUCCUGCUUCCAAAAGACAGCUUCCCCUUGGGACCAGUGACUUGAAGUCAUAGCUUUCCUGUGUGUUGAGGUGAGGAACAGGACGGGCCUGUCAUCCAAAAAGAGAGGCCUAAUAUGUACCAGCCAUAAAAUUUCAUGAUUCAAAAGGCAUGAAAACACUCAAGGCUCCCAUUUCCUAAUCUCUAAAAAGGGAAAUCACUUUCCAUGCUUUGUGUGAGUCACAGACCUGUUCGUUUGUUUAUUUACUCAACAGUUAUGUAUGGAGCACAUACCAUGUGCCAGAUACUGUACUGGGUGUUGGGAGAUAUUGAUGAAAAAAAUACAGAACCGACCUCUGCCCUCAGAGAGCUUGCUGCGAAAAUAAAUGAAAUACAGUAGCUCUGCCAACUAUAAAGCACUGCACUGGUCUCAUUUUUCUAAUUUUAACUCCCAAUAAGAUUGUAAUCCUGGUUACUCUUGUCUUCUUUAUUUUCUUCUCUCUAUAUCCUUGAGCAAGUCAUUUCGCCUCUUCAAGUGAGCCUUUAUUCAUAUCCAGUGCAGGGUCUAUGAUUGGCUUUGAUAUCAAUCUCUCUCCACCCACCCUUUCCAUAGUCCAUCCCUAUUCUCCGACUUUAGGAGCUGCAGUCUCUUUAAAUGCGCUCUUGUGUGUCAGCGACCCUGUGGGGCUGAGAGCGCAUUUCUUCCCGGGCUUGACUGUUAGGUUGUUUGUCCGUUUGGGGCUUCCGUCCGGCGGGUCCGCCAUAUUGUCUGCUGAAGCUGCCGCCGGAGCCGCCGCCGCUGCCGCCGCCAAGUAGGAGCGAGCGGAGCCGCGAUGGAGACCAUGGCAAGCCCAGGGAAAGACAAUUAUCGGAUGAAGAGCUAUAAGAACAAUGCCCUAAACCCUGAGGAAAUGAGGCGAAGAAGAGAGGAAGAGGGCAUUCAGCUUCGGAAGCAGAAGCGGGAGCAACAACUAUUUAAACGGAGAAAUGUAGAGAUGAUUAAUGAAGAAGCUGCCAUGUUCGAUAGUCUCCUCAUGGACUCCUACGUGAGCUCUACCACUGGGGAGAGUGUGAUCACAAGAGAGAUGGUAGAGAUGCUCUUUUCUGAUGACUCUGACCUGCAGUUAGCAACCACACAGAAAUUCCGGAAACUGCUCUCUAAAGAGCCUAGCCCUCCAAUAGAUGAAGUUAUCAACACGCCAGGAGUGGUGGAUCGGUUUGUGGAGUUUCUGAAGAGGAAUGAGAAUUGUACAUUACAGUUUGAAGCUGCCUGGGCUCUAACCAACAUUGCCUCUGGAACCUCUCAGCAGACCAAAAUUGUCAUUGAAGCAGGGGCUGUCCCCAUUUUUAUAGAGCUGCUUAACUCGGACUUUGAGGAUGUACAGGAACAGGCAGUCUGGGCACUGGGAAACAUAGCUGGAGACAGCUCCGUUUGCCGAGAUUACGUCUUGAACUGUUCCAUCCUUAAUCCUUUGUUAACGCUCCUUACAAAAUCCACACGACUGACAAUGACACGGAAUGCAGUCUGGGCCCUGUCAAACCUCUGCCGAGGGAAGAACCCACCUCCAGAGUUUGCAAUGGUCUCCCCUUGUUUGCCUGUGCUGUCUCGCCUCCUCUUCAGCAGUGACUCAGAUUUGCUGGCAGAUGCUUGCUGGGCCCUUUCUUAUUUGUCUGAUGGCCCCAAUGAGAAGAUCCAGGCGGUCAUAGACUCUGGAGUCUGCAGGAGAUUGGUAGAGCUUCUAAUGCAUAAUGAUUACAAAGUGGCUUCUCCUGCCCUGAGAGCUGUGGGUAACAUCGUCACUGGGGAUGACAUCCAAACCCAGGUCAUUCUCAACUGUUCAGCACUCCCUUGCCUCCUCCACUUGCUGAGCAGCCCCAAGGAGUCAAUUCGGAAAGAAGCUUGCUGGACCAUUUCAAAUAUCACUGCUGGCAACAGGGCUCAAAUACAGGCUGUCAUAGAUACAAACAUCUUCCCUGUGCUGAUCGAAAUUCUUCAGAAAGCAGAGUUCCGUACAAGGAAAGAGGCAGCCUGGGCCAUCACCAAUGCCACAUCUGGAGGAACCCCUGAGCAGAUCAGGUACCUGGUAUCACUGGGUUGCAUCAAACCCCUUUGUGAUUUGCUGACUGUAAUGGAUUCAAAGAUUGUUCAAGUGGCCCUCAAUGGACUGGAGAACAUCCUUCGGCUUGGAGAACAAGAGAGCAAGCGCAGUGGCUCAGGAGUAAAUCCCUACUGUGGCCUCAUCGAAGAAGCCUAUGGCUUGGAUAAAAUUGAGUUUCUCCAGAGCCAUGAGAACCAGGACAUCUACCAGAAGGCCUUCGACCUCAUUGAGCACUACUUUGGUGUAGAAGAUGAUGAUAGCAGCCUGGCUCCCCAAGUGGAUGAAACACAACAGCAGUUCAUCUUCCAACAGCCUGAGGCCCCCAUGGAGGGCUUCCAGCUAUAAUGUCUGCCUCCGGGGAGGGGAUGGGAUGGGAAGCACCACCAACCAGCGGAAAAGCAGCCCUCUGGUGGGCGGGAAACCAGCCCCCCACCACCAGCCACCACACACCUCUGCUGCCCUGGAAACUGUGCUCUUGACCUGCUCCACCCCCUUCCCUUUGAGGGAGCACCCUCUGGACAGACAGAACCAUCUGAGGCUCAUAUUUGGGUUUUGUGACAAGAAGGGGACGUGUUGGGUUUUUCUUCCUUACACUCUAUUUUGGCUGCACAUAUGUCUUUAACCCAGGAGCCCAGGGUAGACAAAGGAGGACUGAGGUAAUCAAUUUUGCACCUUUUUUAUGUUUAUUUUUUCUUUAGUAGUGACUUCCUUCCCUUUUAUCUUCCUUCGUCCUUCCCAGUUCUCUGCCCUGAUUUGUGUAACUCUUAUCUUGGGUACUUGAGCAGAUGGAAUAUUCCAGAAGUAGGGGGUGGGAGGGGAAGAGAGAAAUCCCAAAAAAGUAUUCUCACUCUGACAGAAUAUUAAUCUUGUAUGCUUGGAUUGAGUUAUUUAAUUUUUUUCUUUUGCACAUUUUUCUUGUAUUAAGGUUGCUCUUUCCAAGAACCAUGAGUUCCUGGUUUUAGGAAUCCCAGCUGCCAGCAUUGUCUGGGACUAGAGGCUGAGGGGGAGGUCACCAUAAGACAGGGCCCUUCCCCCCACCCCUCUCUAAUCUCUGCCCAGACCUCUUUAGUUUGGGAGAUCCCCCUCACUCUCCUGGGCAACUACACCAGUGGGAGUGGAGGGGAGGAGCACAGGCCUUUCAGACGGGGCUUCCCAUGUGUCGCUACUGAUCCCAUGUUUCCUACCCACCUUCCAAUGGUGCGACCCAACUUCAUUUGUUUACUUGAAAAUUCCCCUCGGAGCUGAAUGAACCUCUGAGGUAGCUGUAUUUUCUCCUAAGCACGAGACAGGGGGCUGUGAUCCUUCCUUUCUCCUGAGGAGAAAGUCCUUGCUCUGGUGACCCAUAAGUUGCAGAGGAGGUUGGAGUGAGAGUGUCAUGUAUUGGGAUAGCCAGGGAUCCCUACCUUUUGGCCUUUCUUCCUCUUCCAUAGUUGGAUCAUGUAUAUUUUAUUUCCAAAGGAGAGAAUGUCAAAAAGUUCUGUAUUUUUUUAUAUUCUAUAUAUUAGGUAGGUCAAUCUUAAUUGGUCUUGAGAGGAAGAACUGUAAUUUCUGUUAGUAGGGUACUGUGAGGAAGACCACAAAGAAAUGUGGAAGCUCCCUCAGGAGGCCUGAGCUUGGUCCUUUUCUUCUCUGCUUGGAUUCUGGGCCACCACUGGGGACCAACCCUUAGCUCUGGAACCUUUAUGUAGCAUGUCAGCCUGGUCUGAUUGUCCCAGUACCUGAAGGAAGCAAGGAUGACCCAGGGUGUGGUGAAGUAUAACACUCUAAUCUUUCCUGUGAGCAUCCUGCUUGCAUCAGAAAACCCAGAAAGUGUCUGCCUUCUUAGAUUUGGUCUCAAAAGACCCUUGUUCACAUAAGUUAUCACUCAUGGCUGACUUUCCUAUUAUCACAGAAACUUAGCAGCCUCAGGACUUUUGUGAGAGUUAUCGAUAUCUUCCCUGUUUGGGAUCCUUGUACCUGGUUUGGGUUUUGCCCUUCCUUGUGACAGUUAUAACCCUAGUGUCUUUUUUUCUUUUCUCUUUGAAUAAAGCUAGUGCAGUGCCACAAUGGCUUGCCUGUGCUUUUGUGAAUUACAUAUGAGAGCAAAGCCCAGUGGUUGAGGAUGGGGGGGAGGAAGUUGUCAGAUAAGUAAGUAUAGACCAACAUUGAGAAGGCACAAUCUGCUCUGCCCCUGCUUUCCUCCGUGGUCAGUCAGUCAGUCAGUCAGAGGUGCCCUGCUCUAAGCUGUAUUUUCCCUUCCCCAGAAACAGUGCCAUUCUUGCUUCCAUUCCUACACAUCCCUGGCUCAGGUGAAAUCCAUGCCCCUCUGCCUACAGGUCUAAGAUUCAGGUGCUCACUGUCAGCCUUGAAUUUGCCUUCAUUCUGGUUUGAGAUCCAACUCCAUAGCCAUUUUCUGAGAAAGGUGGUUUGAGGCUAUAGCUUGUCACUAAAGGUGUGUCAAGGCCAGCUGAGGUGUAUUUAUCCUUCCUCUUUCCUGAAAGAGGAAAGCCAAGAUUUCCCUCCCAAGAUGCUACUCUUCAGCUUAGGAAUGUGACUCAACCCCCAGUCUCCCAGGUAGGCAAGAGGCAGGACCUUUUCCACUUGGCCUGCUGACUCCAUUACAAACUAUUCUAUAGUUCAAAGAAAAACUCCACUCUCACCCCUACCCCCCAUCCUUGUCCAAAGGGGAAAGAAAGCACUUUAGUGGGAUCUACUUUGUACAUCUUAAGCAAUAGUUAAGUCCCUGACAUUGGGACCAAAUUCUUACUGUGAGACCUACACACCCUGCUUUUCCCAACUAUUCCUCCAAAAUCUACUUUCCCUUCAGAUCUGGGCCCUGUACCAGAUGGAAGACUUGAUCCUCUGGCUGCUGCUUAAAGCCAGUUUUCCUCAAAGGCUGAAGUCUCCCAGGGCACAAC